AUGAAUCCUCAAGUCAAGAAGAAAUCGUUGGAUGGACUAAGAACCCAUCGAGCCACACUUAAUGAUUCCAAUGACUUGCAAUCACAAUACGAAAAGACAAAAGCUACCUUAAAUAACCCUCAUCUCACAUUACCUGAUGGGGGUGCAAAACUCAAAGCCAAACUAGCACAACUUGAAUCCUUACUAAAAAACAGUUUAUCAGACAAAGUAUCAGAAUUAUCCUUGAAUGAUACGUUGGAUGUACGUCAAAAGACCCUGAUACAAUCCAAUCAACAACAAACACCUAUUCAACUUUUACGAGCUCAUGCACCUUCAGAGACAGACAUGUCACCACCCCGCGGUGCUCGUAUGAUGAGUCUAGAAGAAUCGAUGAAAUUGCAAGAAUCACAACAAAGAGACAUUCAAUUGGCCAAUAUGAGAAAGCGCAUGGAAGAUGUGUCAAAAUCAAAAUCAGAACAAGAGAGUUUAGCAGACGAUUUAACAGUCACAAUGAACCGAUUGCAGUUGAAUACAGACUAUGAAACUGAAUCUGAUUCGGAUGAUGAAGAAUAUCAAGACGAUGAAGAAGAAGUAUAUGAAGAUGAAGGAUUUGAAGAAGAGCAUGAAUAUGAUGUACGAGAAUAA